AUGGCCUCUAAAACUCCCGUCCUGACCUCUAAAGCUCCCAAGCCACUCCCCGGUAUCUACUCCCAGGCUAUCAAGUGCAACGGCAUGGUCUACUGCUCUGGCGCUGUUGCCAUGGACGCUGAGACAGGAAAGAUUAUUGACGGUGAUGUCAAGGCUCACACGGCCCAAUGCAUCAAGAACCUCAGCGCGAUCCUCGAAGAAGCCGGCAGCGAUAUCACAAAGGUCGUCAAGGUGAAUGUGUUCUUGGCCAGCAUGGAUGACUUCGCGGCUAUGAAUGAGGAGUACAUGAAGCACUGGGGUGAUGUCAAGCCUGUUCGGACAUGCGUUGCUGUCAAGACGUUGCCUUUGAACACCGAUGUUGAGAUUGAGUGUACUGCUCACCUGUGA